AUGAGAAUAAGGCUGAGGCUCUUGGAUCUCUUGGCGUUUUGCCAAGUAUUGCUCAGCCGCAGCCUGAAAACGAGGGCUGCCGAUGCUGAAUCGUGUGCGCCCCUGAUCAACAGGCAAUCCUAUUCCGCAUUGCGAGUUGGAGUUGGUACUCCAAAGCAGGAGUUCGAUCUUGUUGCUGACACAGGCAGCAGUACUGUCAUCGUGACACAUUGCGAGUGCAGAGCACAUGCUUGCUUUGGCUCCUCUGGAAAGUGCUUCACAGGCACAAACCGGUCCUCCACGUUUCGUGUGCCACGGGAUGCAUCUGGAUCUCCGAUGGCAGUCACGAUGGCUUUUGGCAGUGGAAUUAUUUAUGGAGUUGUCGGCAGCGACCUUGUAACUGUCGGCCAAGAAUCGGCCAUGAUGAACAGCAGCGUGGUAUUCAUGUAUGACCAUGAGCUUGCCACUUCCACUUCGGAUUUUGAAGGCAUCUUUGGCCUUGGCCUGCCAUACAAACAGCCCAGCGCGAGUGCUUCGCAUGAGCAGUCCUGGUUGGUCAGGGCAGCGAUUGAGCGCUUUUCCAUGUGCUUCUCCAACAUGCAGGAAGAUGGCAUGCUUCGUCUCAAUUCCCCCGCGCAAACAACGAGACUCGGCAACCUCGGAAAGUUUCAUUGGGGCCUCGAUUUUCGUGGCGUGAGUGUUGGCGGCGAGAAGGCGGAUGUGAUCCUGUGUGGCGAUGGCGAAAGGAAGGACAAAGAGACAGCCUGUGGUCUCAUUCCCGACUCUGGAACCACAUUGAUUCUCGCCCCGAGCCGCCACCUCUUGCGGCUUUAUGCCAAGCUUUGUGACAUGUGGCCACGCUGCAGCAAGGCAUUCGCCCAAGACAACGCAACCAAGUCUUCCAAUGGGCAUCCCGAACCAGAGACGGGCAGCACAAUCGGCGACUGGAUCAGGAGCACGCUUGAGAAGUGGGGCAUCCCAAAGAUUUCCAUCACCAACCCGUUCGAGCUGGAUCCAGCCUCGCAGUUGCAGCUUGACAAGAAGGAACGGUUCGAGUCCUUGCUAGCAGACUGUGCCUCCUGGACAACAGACGCAGCGGACUUAGACCGCGAAAUGCCUCCGAUCUUCUGGCACGUUGCGGGAGUUGAAGGCACGACCCAGACCUUCAGUUUGCCAGCAAGCGCCUACAUAGUUGCAACUGGGUACAAAGACCACAUCUUGUGCAUGCCUUUCUUCGGUGAGUACGAUUAUGAGACGCAAUUGAAUGGGCCCAUCUGGAUAAUGGGCACCCCGCUCUUCUACGAGUAUGAGGUGCACUAUGAUAUGUCCACAGAGCCUGCAAGCAUGUCGUUCUCCAAGACGUCAUGUGGGUCGUGUGGGCAAGAUGGCAAGGCAGCACCCUCUGUGAGCCUCCUUAGGAGAAAGAACCAGAGGCUUCGAAGGCAUGAUGCCAAGGUCCGCAUGCCGCACAUGAACACGAGCCUCCCAUUGUGA